AUGACCAAAGAGGUUGAGCAGGACAAACUGUUGAACGUAUUGAAAGAUGUUAAACUCUCCAAGAAAUCGAGGAACUUUCUUCAGCAGAUUCUGAAGAUGAACGAGAAAAUCGUCGGGGAACGCAAGAUGACCGAGAAAAUCGUUGAGGAACCCAAGAAACCCAAGGUGACCGAGAAGGUGACCAAAAAGGCUGACCAGGAGGAACUGUUGAACUUCUUGAAAGAUGUUAAACUCUCCAAGAAAUCGAAGAAUCUUCUCCAGGAGUUACUGAAGGUGGCCGAGAAAAUCGCCGGGGAAUGCAAGGUGCCCGAGAAAGUGACCAAAGAGGUUGAGCAGGACAAACUGUUGAACUUAUUGAAAGAUGUUAAACUCUCCAAGAAAUCGAGGAACUUUCUUCAGCAGAUUCUGAAGGUGAACGAGAAAAUCGUCGGGGAACGCAAGAUGACCGAGAAAAUCGUUGAGGAACCCAAGAUGACCGAGGAAAUCGUGCCCGAGAAAGUGACCAAAGAGGUUGAGCAGGACAAACUGUUGAACUUAUUGAAAGAUGUUAAACUCUCCAAGAAAUCGAGGAACUUUCUUCAGCAGAUUCUGAAGGUGAACGAGAAAAUCGUCGGGGAACGCAAGAUGACCGAGAAAAUCGUUGAGGAACCCAAGGUGCCCGAGAAAGUGACCAAAGAGGUUGAGCAGGACAAACUGUUGAACUUAUUGAAAGAUGUUAAACUCUCCAAGAAAUCGAGGAACUUUCUUCAGCAGAUUCUGAAGGUGAACGAGAAAAUCGUCGGGGAACGCAAGAUGACCGAGAAAAUCGUUGAGGAACCCAAGGUGCCCGAGAAAGUGACCAAAGAGGUUGAGCAGGACAAACUGUUGAACUUAUUGAAAGAUGUUAAACUCUCCAAGAAAUCAAGGAACUUUCUUCAGCAGAUUCUGAAGGUGAACGAGAAAAUCGUCGGGGAACGCAAGAUGACCGAGAAAAUCGUUGAGGAACCCAAGGUGCCCGAGAAAGUGACCAAAGAGGUUGAGCAGGACAAACUGUUGAACUUAUUGAAAGAUGUUAAACUCUCCAAGAAAUCGAGGAACUUUCUUCAGCAGAUUCUGAAGGUGAACGAGAAAAUCGUCGGGGAACGCAAGAUGACCGAGAAAAUCGUUGAGGAACCCAAGGUGCCCGAGAAAGUGACCAAAGAGGUUGAGCAGGACAAACUGUUGAACUUAUUGAAAGAUGUUAAACUCUCCAAGAAAUCAAGGAACUUUCUUCAGCAGAUUCUGAAGGUGAACGAGAAAAUCGUCGGGGAACGCAAGAUGACCGAGAAAAUCGUUGAGGAACCCAAGGCAAAUCCUUUGAGCUACACAGGAUAA